CACGACCACCUGCGGAAAUGACCGGGAAUGAGCGACAGCUUGGUUGGUCGUCGACCACCAACCAGUCGAAGAAGAGGAAUCGAUGGAGGCUGGCUGUGCUACUCUGUCUCCGCCAAUCGUCACAAUGGUCGUGAAUCAGUCAAACAGAAGCUUGGAACCAUCGCUAGCAGAGGUGAGCAUAGACAUCGAGCGGAAAGGAGAAGCUGAGGCGGUGGUAGCUCUACGGGUCAAUUCCACGAGGUCGGAGGUCGCACUGGUAGCUCAAGUCACGACGACGGCGAUUAGGAAGACCGGGCUAGUGGUGAGCACGGCGGCACUAGUCGUGCGAUGGAAGAUGGCUCUCAUGGUGGCAUCGACUGAAGAGGAGGUAGGGACGAAGAUGAAGAUGGAAGUUAGCGGGAUCCAGGGGAGGUGUUCGUCGUCGAAGAUGGAGGCCGACGACGGCGGCGAGUUUCCUCCCGCAAGCCCUAGGUCAUGAAAUGUGGGUCGCACGAAAUAUCAGGGGAGAUAUCAUAUGGGCCACGUUUCGUGGGCCGGGAAUCUGCUUUGGAUCCGUGGGUUGGAUGGUGGUUAAGACUUUGGGUUCUUCCUUCUCUCAAACCCUAGAUCGCCAACCUUGGGUUGGCAUCUCUGCAAAUGGCCAGGUUGGGUGGAGUUAUGUUGGAGGAGACGGCGGGCCACGCAGGCUUGGAGUAUGGGUCGGCUCUGGCAGGGCUCAUUGUGGGAUUGUUGGACCAGUUUAGUGGGUGAGAACAGAGCAGCAGAGUUGGCCAAAAGUGAAAGUGAAUUGGGCCGAACAUGAGUUUGUUCGUGGGCUGAAUUGUCUGAAAAGGAUUGGGCUCAUGGUGGACUGCUCUUUGAAGAGAAUGGAGUUGGAGGAAAGGUAUAGUUGGCACAAGGAGUUGACAGAUGGGUUUGUAAGAGAGCAUGACCCAACAGCAAGUGGAGAGGCCAUAAGUUUCUUUUAUGGGUCAGCUAUUAAGAAGAUAUUUGAGGGCCUUGAUGAAUUGGUUCUUAAGGAUAGGUUCUUGUGCUAUAAAGCACAUUCGGAUUCAUUAAGCUACUAGAUCGUAGUCCCAACGAAAGAGGAGCUGUUGGGCAAGAAAGCAAAGAGUGGAUCCUUGAAGUCAAUGUUCCUUGACCAAUUCGCAAGAGUAAUCACAAGAUCGACGGUGCGAGUCCUCCUACCAGAUUGGAAGAGAAGGAAACACAAGAAGCGGGGGAGACAACACCUGGUUGGAAAGAGAAGAGUUGAGGAGCAGGACAAGUCUGUCAACCUUGAGGGCAAGGUUGGUCUCAAGGGGGAGAGGAUGAUAGAAACCUACUUUCCACGGGUUUCUAUUAUAAUUACCAUAUUCAUAUUAGAGAUAAUUACUAGGAUAAACUAUUGCUUGGUUGUUAAGUUUAGGUUUAUUGUUAGGAUUUCAGCUCUUUUUCCUAUAUAAGUGUACUCAGUUAUUCAUUUAAAAAUCAAUCAAGAAAGAAUUAAGAAACAAUCUCCUAAACCCUAAUCUCCCUUCCCUCUCAAUUCUCGUCUCUUAUUCCUCGAAAGCCUUCGGCCGAUUCUCUCUUGUUCUUUCUCCAAUCCCUAAUUCUACCUCCAAUUCUCCAUAAAUCUCCAAUUACCCAACAUAAUAACCCAAUCGAUAGAUCCCUAGAAAUAGGUUUCUAUCAAGAUCCGAAGUAAAAAUGUCGAAAAAUGAUUGAAAACAAGAUUCAAGCGAUGAAUUAACGAUUAAAAUAUUACGUGAGGAAAGUCGUCGAAAUCGAAAAAAGUGCUCCAUUAUUUUUGGAGUUGCGAGACUUAGCUUGUUAGGUUAUACGGUGUGGUAUGUUAUCAUCAAAAGUCGACAUAUUCACUACGGGAAAAAUAGCCUCUUGCAACCCCAAAAAUGUGUUGCGUAAAGUCUUAAAAGAGUUGCAACAUCCUAACACAACACUUUCACUAGGGUUGCAUAUAGUGGGGGUUGCAAAUGGAAUAAGCAACUCUUUUUUCACUUUGUGCAACCAAAAUAAAAAGGGUUGCGUAUCCUUACCUAUUACGCAACACCACUUUAGGCAACACAUUUCAAAAUUUGUGCAACACAUUUUUCUAGCAUAGGCAACAUUUUCUACAAGUUUUCGCAACAUUUAAAUUUUUAUUUGUGACAAGUCUGAAUCGUCACUAAAUGCUGGACUAAUUGUGACAAUUUUGUUUGUAAUGGAUAUUAAUCCUUGCGUGACAGUGUUUUUGUCAAUAAAGAUAAUUUUCGUGA